AGUUUGCUCUCUUUCAUUCAUUUUGCUCUACAGCCGACCCGCGUCAUGCCUGUGCGGUGACGUCACGGCCGCACAGGGGACUCGCGGACCAAGAGAGGUGGAAAAAAAAGAAACAAGUAGUCGAGGCGCUCGUGGAAACAGGAAGCAAACGGGGGAAAGCCAAGCAGAGAUUGUUGUUGUUAAUAUAAAAUAAAUAAAAAAAACCUUCCGAGGGGAGCGCUCUGUCUUUUACCUCCCCGUUAUUUUGAGCUCUUUAAACUGACAGUGUAGCCAGUCCGUUGCUUGGACACCGCGCUCUGAAGGAGGGAAGCUCGCGCGCUUCGCGCCGAAGUGGAUGGACCUGAUCGGGGUUUCGGUUUAUUUGCCCUCCCUCACCGUCCACCACGCUGGAAUGAACCCCCUCUUUCUAUUACCGUAUUGUUUUAAAGGCAGGGCGUGACAUUCCGCCGUUUAAACGCGGCCCUGGUCGAUUUUACUGGAGUAUUUUGACGUUUGAAGAAGUCUUCAGUCCGUCUGACAGGAACGGUGUAACGUUACGCGCAGCCAGCCUGAGCUAACGCGAGCUAGCGACUUAGCUGCUAAUGUCAACUAACAUGGAGGGAGAGGUGCAUGUGUUACAUAACAGCCAAAACGCAAUUAAACCACCGACUUUUGACACCCAGCAAGCACAGUUAUGGACGUGAAUUAAUCUCCAAAGAAUAAAAACUGCCCAUAAACACAUUUAUUUGGGAGAGAUGGAGUCGAACCCGCUGAUCAGCGCAAUGGAUCCGUCCAUUACAUUGUGGCAGUUCCUGCUACACCUACUGGAUGAUCAGUCUCAGAAGCACUUGAUCUCCUGGACAUCUGGGGAUGGGGAGUUCAAACUGCUGGAUGCCGAGGAGGUGGCCAGAGUCUGGGGGCUGCGCAAGAACAAAACCAACAUGAACUAUGAUAAACUGAGCAGGGCACUUCGUUACUACUAUGACAAGAAUAUUAUUAAGAAAGUUAGCGGCCAGAAGUUCGUCUAUAAGUUUGUGAACUUUCCGGACCCCAACUCUGCUGAUGGGCUGAAAGGACCUGAGGAUUCCCUGGGGGCCACCAUGGGGGAGAAAUUGGAGCUGUCCAUUCAGACCAAAUCUAAUACCGGUGCUAACAACACCAACCCAUGUCUCUCCAAGAGCCUGCAGGUUCAGCGCUCCUCCCCUAGCUCAGUGCAACGCAGCUCCCGCAACGAUUACAUGAAGUCUGGUCUCUACUCCACUUUCACUAUCCAGUCCCUACAGACGCCCUGCAAAACUACAUCCAAAUUCAUCAAAACGGAGCAUGUCCUGAGUGACAACAGCCCCAAACCUGCUCCUCUGGACCGCACAGUGCAUGAGAUGCAAAUGUGUCAGACAGAAGCACAGCAGGGAACUGCUCAGGUGCAGUCGAGUAUGGAGAGCAACAAUUUGCAUGUGAUAGUGACCCACCCCUCCCCAUGUGCUACACCCGCCCCCAGCCCACAGACGUCCUCUGGAUCUGCCACUGCAACCAUGAAUACUCAAGCACAGAAGAGCCAGAAUUUGGGUGACCCACCCCAGAUCUACCUGUCCGAUCCCAGCUCUCUGACCUCGCUCAUUCCUCUAGCUCAUGGAGAAUGUGUCGUCAACCCCUCUCAGCCUGUAUUUGUGGUCAUAAAGCCUUUGCCUGUUGGACUGCCCAAAGAGUCCAGCCUCCCGCCUGAAGAAGAAUUGCUGGAGAUUGUCGAUUUGGAUGACAAAACAGAUGUUGAGCCAGUGUCCACAGUGCCUGUCUCUGGAGUUACAGAUGCCCCAAUCUCUGUGGAUGCUCCAUCACCCUGCGUGGAGCCGGUGGCCCACCCGGUUGGAGAAGGGGAGGUAAAAGAGAAGCCUGAGCUACCCGAGGACACCAAUACUGCAUCAGCCUCCCUCCCAGCGAGCACGCAGGAAGUCCAGCCUCCUAAAUCAAAGAAGCCACGUGUGCUGGAACUGCCAUCCUCGUCUACGCUGCUACCCCCUGGACUCUCGUUGGAUAAGGUCAAUGCAGCGGUGAACAGCCUUCUUGCUUCUGGCAGUGCCACAAACACCUUAACACCCACAGUCAUCACCUCCCAUGCCCUGACUCCAGUGCUGCUGACACCGAGUCCGCUGCCAUCAACCAUACACUUCUGGAGCACGCUCAGUCCAAUCGCUCCACGCAGCCCUGCCAAGCUCUCCUUCCAGUUCCCCUCCAACGGAAGCAAUCAGAUCCAGAUCCCAGCACUGAGCGUGGACGGCCUGUCCACACCUGUCGUUCUCUCCCCUGGACCACAGAAACCCUAACUUUAUUUUAAUUCCCUUGUCUUC